AUGAACUUCAGAAUCAAAACUUAUUAUAUUUGGAUACCCUGUGCCAAGGUUAUAGAGCAUUCACCUUUUUUGCUAUCUAGCAAUACGCGUAUUGCUCAACAAUUGGUUCCAUUUCUUUGCAUUCGUUGGUGGACAGAAUUAUAUUCUCCGAAGUCUCAAGAACAACGUACCAAUGCCGAAAGGCUUCUAGACAUUGCCUUUCCAACUUUCUCCGAGACUUCGACUGUACGUGCCAACGGAGCAAGCCCUUUAGGUGUAAAAAUUCACUCUCCUCUUGAGACUUCGAUAUUUUGUAGGUGGCUCCUAGAAAAAUCUACUUCUCCUUAUGCUCAGAUGUUUGCCGCCGCAAGGUUAAAGGGUCUUGUCUUGGAUCAUUAUUCUAUGUUCUCCAUGUCUCAAAAAAUCGAACUGAGAAACUUUGUGUUGAAUUAUAUGGCACAACACCCUGACUAUCAGCCUUUUGUUUUAUCUUCUCUUGCUCAGCUUUUUGCUACUAUAACAAAAGUUGGAUGGUUUGAAGGCGAAGAAUUUAAAAAUGUUACUAAAGAUGUGUCCAAUUUUAUUCAAUCCACACCAGAUCAUAUUAUUGUAGGUUUGCAAAUUCUUUCGAUAGUCGUUGCGGAAAUGAAUCAGCAAUCUCCAAGAAAUUUAACUAAGCAGAGAAAAACAGCGAUCGGGUUCAGGGAUACUGCAUUAUUGGAGGCUUUUCAGCUAGGAUUGGUCGUUUUACGAAGACUAUUGAAUGGUGAAAUUUUAUUCGCGAAUGACCUUCAAGAACAUAAGUCGAAAGAAUAUUGUUUAACAUCACUUCGCAACUGUUUGGCUUUUGAUUUUAUCGGUACCACUCCCGAUGAAUCCGGCGAAGAUGUUGGAAGCAUUCAAGUUACUACUUCAUGGCGUUCAACAAUUGAAGAUCCCUCAUUUCUUCAAAUUAUGUUUGAAGCAUAUAAACAAUUUCAACCACCUCACUCAAGCCAAGUUAUGGAAGUUAUUGUUCAAAUUUCUUCCAUUCGCAGAUCACUUUUUAAUGAAGAAGAAAGGUCUAAAUUCUUAUAUGGUCUGAUGAAGGGGAUCAGAGAAAUAUUAAUCGGUAACAUAGGCCUUUCUGACCUGAACAAUUAUCAUGAGUUUUGUCGCCUUCUUUCUAGAUUUAGAUCAACAUAUCAGUUGAGCGAAAUUUCUGAAAAAUCUGGGUACAAUGAAUGGAUUGAUUUAGUUGCCGACUUUUCAAUUAAAGGCUUUAACAACUGGCAGUUAACACAUACUUUUAUCACGUCAAAAAUCGAAUCUGUAGAAACAACCUUAGAGGGUGCAAUUGAUGAUCCUUUGGAGAAUGAAGAUGCACUCAUUGGUGAUCUCGAAAUGUUUGCAAAUAUUGCACGAUGUAAAUAUGAUGAAGCUAAUGUGGCAAUCAUAAACUCUUUUAACCCUAUAGCGCAACAAUUUCAGGCAUUGUUGCAACAAGUAAAUACUGGUGUCAUCCAUGACUAUUUGACAAUUUUAGAUGUUAUUGAAACAAAAUUUGCCUGGUUAGUGUACAUGAUUGGAGGCCUUAUCGGAGGCAGACAGACUUAUGUUAGUACAGAAGAUCAAGACUUGAUUGAUGGAGAACUAACAUGUAAAGUUGUGAAUCUUUUGACUGCAAUCAAAUCGUGGAACGGCCCGCGCGGCAACGAUACUGGCUAUGAAAAAUUAGAAUUGGCCUUUUUAUAUUUCUUUCAACAAUUUCGAAAAAGUUAUAUUGGUGAAAGUGCUCAAAAAAUAUCAAAGGUAUACAGAUCGAACCUCAAUAUUUGGGCUCAAUGUUCAAAGAUAAUUCAACGUACUGUGACUCUCUUUAAUGAUUUAGCUGGAGGUUAUAGUUCUGUUAGAUUACUCCGCAAAAUUCCAACUACACAGUUCAUUAUCCAAAAACAUACCGUUGAGGAUUUUCCAUUCCUUGACACAUCGAAUAACCUACGGUCACGUGUUGUAUAUUACUCAGCACUUUCUAGAAUACUAUUUGCUGAUGAUAAUGUUGAGCGAGAUUUUGAGGAAUUUGUCAGACCUUGGGACGCCACAAUGGCUCAACUUGGGACUUUAAAUUCUUUUCAGGCGUUUAGACAACCGGCUGUUAAAAUCCUUUGUCGCGCAUUAGAGGCUUGGUCUGAUGACGCAUUGGCUAUUUCAAUUCUAAAGUUUUUCCUCGAAUUUGUAAAUAACCGAACGCAAAGAUUGAAUUUUGAUAUUUCAUCACCGAAUGGUAUAUUAUUGUUUAGAGAAACAAGCAAAGUGAUUUCUACAUAUGGACAUCAAAUUAAAAACCGUCCUUUAAUGAGUCUUGAUAAAUAUGUUGAAAAAUAUAAGGGCAUUUCUAUUUGUUUUAACAUUUUGACGAAAUCUUUUGCUGGUCGUUACGUCAAUUUUGGAGUUUUUGCAUUAUAUGGCGAUAAUGCUCUAGAAGUUGCUUUGAAAACAUCAUUUGAUAUGAUGCUCAGUAUACCGCUUGAAGAUAUUCUCGCAUAUCCUAAAAUUUCAAAAGCAUUGUUUGAUUGGCUGGAUACUUUUACUAAUGAAUAUAUGAUGACAUUGCCAAACAUGGAUUCAGACUGUUCUUCUGCAUGCAAUGCUAUUGACCAUCUGUGUACAUUUGUGUUUCAGCAAUCUGCUAUGCAGAAACCUAAGCAACAUUGGCUUCUAGUAUAUUUAAACGAAUACCCUACAGUAUUACCUACUUUAUUUGUGGCAAAUUUUAAUGUGGUUUUAUUUGAAGAAAGACAGAAUCAAUGGUCAUUGUCACGUCCUCUAUUAUGUUUAAUAUUAUUGAACCAAGAUUAUUUAAAUAAAUAUACAGAAAAUAUUUUGCAACACCAACUACCUGAAAGAAGAGAAGCUUUGAAAAAGGCUAUGAAAACUCUCAUGGAGGAUGUAGAUUUUAAUUUAACUUCUAAAAAUCGGGAUAGGUUUACACAGAAUCUCAAUACAUUUAAGAGAGAGUUGACUAACGAAAACGUUAUAUUGGUUCCUCCGCCGAUGGAUGCAAAGAUGAUUAUGUGA